CGGCAACGUCGCAACCGUUAAGUACAUAAGAACAAGGGGGGAGGGAGGGAGAGAACAGACAAGUCAGGCAUAGGAGAGUACGAGAAAGAACUGGCAACAUGUCCACAUUCAAAUCUGAUCAGAAUCCCAGUUGGCUGCUUAGUAAAACAGUAGAAAACGCGAAACGGCAGAAAAUUGCGGCACGCGAUUCCCCAAAACAACGUAUGUCUUGUGUGGGUAUCGCAAUGUAAUAUCACGUUGAACGAAAGGACGCCGUUGAGCGCGCGCGUCAACAUCAGCAUUGACGGUGUGCAUGUGUCUGUGACGGUGUUCAGUUGUUCCGUAAGGUAUCGGCGACGUGUUUUCGCGGUGUUCGUACGUUCUCUCUCGUUCUGUCUCACGCUUAUCGUCUCGGUUGUACGCGACCCCAGCGCAGGCACUUGGAACGGUGUAGCGCAACGCGACUAGUGAAUCUCCACCAAAAGCCGCUGCCUCGUGUACUUUAACGUUGACGCGGCGACGGCGGCGGCGGCAGCGGCGGCGGCGGCAGCAGCGGUGGAGGCGGUGACGGCAGAGGUGUCGACGGCGCGGCGGCGAUUCUUACUACCUUCCGGCCAUUUCGUACAAAUUUUUGCGCGCGCCCGCGCUCGUUGCCUCUCAAGCGCACGACUUGAUGUAAAUGGUACAAGUGUGCUGUAUUGUAGUCGUGUCGCGAAGAAAAUUCCGCACGGCGACGUGGAAUUAUGUGCAUGGAUAUACCACUUGAAGAGAAGAAGAAGAUGGGCGAUAAGAAUAUCGACGAAGACGUACAGAUUAUCGAGGCCCACAUUUACAAAGCUUUCGAUAAAGUCGUCGUCAAACAAGAACGUCCAGAUGAAGCGGAGAUCCGUGAAUUGGCUGCCAAAAUGGUGGAAGCAAACAAGGCGAAAAUGUUAGCCAAUAUGCCUGUAGCGCAACAGCAACAGCAACAACAACAGCAACAACAACAGAGGCCGCAAUGUCUUCUACCACAAUCUAAUUUUCACGGUAUCCUCGGGUAUUUGAACAAACGGCCAACCGACGGACCGUCCGUGCCGAAAUCGCCAUCGACGAGUAGUUUGGAAAGCAAGGUACCGUCGCCCGACGACGACAGUCAAAGGGGACGAUUCGGCUGGACGAGCUUCGACGAUUGUCACAUACCUUAUAUACUACGCUCCGGCGAAAAGUAUUGCGCCGUACGCAUUCUAGAGUCUAAGCUUCUCAACAAGUACCUGAGCUAUCUGCAUUCGGACAUCUAUAGUUGUACGUGUAUCAGAAGUUAUUACAUUACGGAAGCCGAGAGCAAACUGUUUAACGAGAUCAACGCUAAGCAUUGCGAGAAUCAGUUCGGAAGGGACGCGUUCACGUGUAAAGACUUGGUGGUACGACUCUCGGACGCGAAAGAGUUUUAUACGUUUCUCGAUGUGUGUUAUACGAAACUGACCGCCGGUACCAAUCCGAAUGUGACGAGCGGACGUAAGGCGGAGAAAUGCGGUUUUAUACGGAUAAACAAAGAGUCUGUGGUUCCUUAUACGGUGAAGGACGGUCUGCAAUACGUGCCGCUGUUCUACUUCGAGGGUGAAACGGAAAAUCUUAAGCUGAAGGCGGAGAAGCUCGAGGGCUGGGAUCUCUCGUAUCUGAAGUUCUGCUGCAAAGUACAGGGUAUACGUAAUGAAUUGUUCGCUAGUGAAACGUGCUCGGUGAUUAGUUUGAGUGAUAUUAAGAGUUACUUUCCACCGGGCACCGGCUUCGAGGACUAUUGGCCGACGAAAGUUAUGGAUUCGCAAUUACUGGUGAACAGUAACGGCGGCGGUAGCGGCGGCGGAUGGACGAAACAGCCGCCCACACCGCCGGCAGCUAAGCCUGCUGUGCAAAACGCGAGUAAGAUCGUACCUCCAAUGAACGCGCGCGCUGCACCGAUGUCCACUAUAAUACAACGGGGCGUCGUGAACGCGCCACCGCCUUCGAUGCCGCGAAUAGGGCAACCGAGGCCUGUCGCAACGACACACCCCUCGCAUUCUUCUCCAUCGGGACUUGCCACCGGUAGGUCCAACAUAGUGUCCCAAUCUAUGCUGAACAAUGUUCAAGGUGUAGUCGCCAAUGGCUGGUCAGGCCUCGUCGGUGGUCAACCCACCUUCCAAACGGCACUCACUCCGCAGGCUAAUUCCCUCAUACGUGCAACUCAGAGUAUGCACAACCAAAUGUCUAUUACUCCUAAAAGCUAUUCCCAGCAAUCUAGAAGUAGAGCAAACAAUAGUGGAACAGCAGCUCAAUAUCCUGGAAUAACCAUGCGAAGUAUUGCUGAAGCUGAACCACCACCGCCUCUUGUUAGAGCAACUGUUCACUCCAAUCAACCCAACCUCGGUUAUCCCACCUAUGGGAAGGAUGACUGGGUGACAACUACAUAUACAACACCUACAUUAGGCGUGCCUAAUGCAGUUACAGCAAAUACAUAUCCACAGAUGCUUGGCUUAAGUCAAGUCCAAGACCAAGUCCAAGCUUUGAUGCCAGCACCUACCCCGGCAUCAAAUUUAUUACAUUCGCAAAGGCACACACCAUUUGUACACAAUACGUCUCAUACGUCUCAUACGAAAUAUCCACCUCCUUUAAUACCAGUUAACGGUAGUAGCGGUAGCGGCGGUGGCGGCAGCAGCUCCAGAGAUUCCCGAGGGAGGAAGUCGUUAAUAUCAAUACCAGAUACGCAAAUGUCGUCUUGUCACGUGCAACCGUACCAAAUUCAGAAGGCACUGGUUGACGAGAAGAUGGUACCCUGCAUCAAUCUGAAACCUUACAUGUAUACCGAGUUGCUGAUGACGCUUCCCGAUUUCGUCUCCAGCUUCUUUCCCGCCUGCAACAUCGAGAAUUGUAGACAAGUCCUGACAGAUGUUCUACAUAUAGACCUGUAUCAAGGAAAUAGACUACAAAUGAAGAUGUUAAUGGAAGCAGGCAAGUGUUCUUCGCUAACUGAAGAGCUGCCUUUAAUACAAGUUAGGAAUGUACUAAAGUUCAUGCCACAAUUCAAAUAUAUGUUCAAUAGUGGAGACAUGGUUAUGCCAUCCCCAGUUCAUUCGUCAGAAGAUCACAUCGCCAAAAAGCGCCAACGCACCAGCUAGGAUUGGCUACAGCCUUACUGGCCUACUUACGAUUACUAUCAUUCGGCGUUCUAAAUGCGCCGAUAAACACUUGGAUUCGCGUGUGGUGCAACAUCGCACUGUUACGGGAUGCUCUCGGGAUAGAGAUAAGUGUGUUUAAAGGAAAAGAUUAUAUACCGCGUGUGUGCAACGCGCAACAAAAAUACACACGACUGAUAAUUCAAGUUUGUGUACAGUGACACUAUGUGAGCUAUUUCUUUCUCCAAAGUGUAUUUAUUAAAGAGAAUAUUGACUGUAAAUAAAAUUGAAGCGUGCAAAUUUAGGAGUUACAGUUGACAAUUUAGAUCUGCUUUUAUGUAAAAGAAUUCAUUCAUUUCUCGGAGCUGUUACAAUCUAACGAAUACAACAUCGUUACAGGAUAAAGUAAACCUAACACAAGAAUUUUUACUUUCAAGUUAAAUGUAUCUUGGCAUUCCACACAUACACACACACACACGCGUGCACACACACACACGCGCGCGCGUGCGCACACACACACACACACACACACGCGCGUGCGCGCGCGUGCGCGCGCGACGAUAAAUAACACGAUAGACAUUACACACGCACACGCAAGUCAUGUGCAACAAAUAUGUUUACUUUAUUUCUACCUCUUUAUAAGAGUGAAUACACAAAUUCUUUCGGGUUCCACAUUUUAUUUUUUGUUACACGUCAAUAUUUUAUGCAUGUGAAAUAGAAAGUUCUGUUAAAAAAAAAAAAAGUCGGAGAAAGAAAAUGCCGUUAUCCAAUUUAUAAAGGGACAUGACAUUGCUAUAGAGUUAUUCAGAAUGGAUAACCUAUUUUCCAUAUUAAAUAUAUAUCAAUAAAAGAAAAACCGAAAAAUGGAAGUAAUGCUUCUUCAAGUUCCUAGCUAUUACUAGUAUGUAUUCUGAUAACUAGCUGCAAGCUAAUUUAAAAGUGUUUAAUUCAUUCAUUAAUUGUGAUGAUCUUUAUGUGAGUUUUUUAUAUUUUUUCAUAAAAUUUGUUUAAUAAAAGCGUGGUACACAUAUAUAUAUAUAUAUAUAAUAUGAAACAAUUUUCAUUUCAAUCGUUUAACAGAUGCACUAUGUACAAGAGUAUGGUGGACGUAUCAAUGGAAUGAUAAAAUGAAGCAAAUGCCUAUUUAAUGUAAAGAGAUUGCAGUAAGCAAUAUUUCAUGGACUAAAUUGCGAAACGAAUAAUAUAUCUUGACAAAAAGGGUGAAAAUACUUCCUGCGUUUAUAUUUUGAUAUAUAUACACACACAUCUAUAUAUAUAUAUAUAUAUAUAUACAUAUAUAUUUAUGAGCAAUACUUUGCAAACAUUGCUGCUGCAUCUUCCCUACUCACAUUGUAAACUUUUGCUUCAAGACGAUUCAAAACAGCACAUUUUUCGAAUUUUGUUACACAUGAUUAUGUAACUAAAUUUAAUAAUUUUCAAGCAUUUGUUGAUGAUACAAGUGUCUCAUGAGAGGGUUAGCGUGAACAUUUGCCGGGGUUGGAUGGUCCAACUAUAAAUGUAAAGAAAAAAAUAUAUAAAAAAUAUGCGUGAAAUUUAAUAUAUUUAUUAGAAGAUUUCAUAUCUCUAAAUAUGUUAUCGAGUGCAAUAUCUCAUAGAAAUUUUAGACAAAAAAAACAAAGACGUGAUCCUACAAAGACGGACAAGAUCGACGCGAAUUUGCACAAAGCAGUAGUCGGAUUUAGUUGCAUAUAUUUGCGACUGCUUCACGCUCAACCCAUUUCAUAGAUACGUUGAAUUUAUAUAAGUAAAAUUGAAAUUGUUCAAGCUACAACCUACGAGGUAAACUGUUAAAACAUUUAUGUGUGAAGUAUAACAAGAAAAUGCGAUAACGUUUAAACAAGAAAAUUUGAUAUUUAAAAUCGCGCUGAGAUAGUCUUCCAUGUUGGUCCAUAAAUUCGCCAAACUUUUGUUCGAUUUAAUAAAUUAUUUAAAACAUUACCGACAUUAUUACUGAGUCUUCGAUAAUAGUAGUUUAUCUUUAUUUACAAUAAUAUAAACGUAGGGCGCAAUAAUAAUGUGCUCUACAUUUCGGGACAGAAUAUGAAAUGCUAUUUUGUCUCUUCUCUGAUGUGAGAUAGAGAACUAAAUAGUUAUUAUCAACCGGCUCCUUUCGUCAUUUACUAACUUUAGCGUAAGAAAGCUCUAAAAAAAGUACACAUGACAAACAAGUGUAUAUAAAGGGAUAAUUAUAACGACUGAUUCACGUCGAACGUGAAUUUUCCACGCAAGGCAAAAAUUGUUUGGACAUUCUGUCGUAAUGAAUAUGAUAUUAUUUAUGUUUUUGUCGUAUUACAAUUUGGAAGAUCUUAUAUUGCUACUGAGAGACUCUGGACUGGUAUCAUUUAUUGUUAUAGACGAUUCAAGCAAAUGUAGAAGAGAUUCAAAGAA